GCGUCGCUUGGCGCCAAAAACGAAACUCCGAGAGAUGCUCUUGCCGCUCAUCCCGCCGCCGCCGUCGCCCCCCCGGGACGAGUCGCCGCCGUGCGAGCCAGUGGUGCUUCCUACGUUGAACUUGCACAGUAUGCCAUCACCGCGUCCGCUUCCCAAGCGGCAACCGCUGCCUGCAGCGACCGUUGUGCCCAUGACGACGCUACACAAGCGCCACGCGAUCCCCGACGUGGUGCUCGACGUCGACGACUGCCACAACAUGGCGGCCAUCGCUGACGCGUUCGCCUCGUCGCUUCACGCGAUCAAGACAAGUUUGGCGCGCAUCGAUGCCACGAUGCACAUUUUCCAAGACGAGAUGGCCGACGCCGACGACAUGGUGCAGCUCAUCCAACUGCGCUGCGCGCACGCCAAGGACAUGUUUGCACGCCUUGUGCACGGCAGUGCAGUUACGAUUCAACGCUGUCUGCGCGGGUUCUUUGGGCGAUUAGUCUUUCGACGCUGCAUUGCAGACCGGGCGGCCCGCAUCAUCCAGCGUGUCGUGCGGCACCGUCGCGUGCGGCGUCUCGCGCAUUAUGUUGUCUUCAAGUCGACCAUGGCGAACACGAUUCUCGGUCUCCGGACAUUCAACAAAUUUAUGCGCGCGCACCCGGGAACGGACCCGUCGCUCGUGUACGACCAGAUCCGCGCGUCGAUCAAGAUCCAGCAGCGCUGGCGGUCUGCGUUCCUCUUGGUGCGCGCGCGGCACGCCGAGAUGGCCGCCGCACAGCACAAGGAGCGGUUGCGCCAGCGCCUCCAGCGGUUUCUCUAUACCUUUUCCCUUGUGUACAACAUUGUCCGCUUUUGGCGCCGCGCCACGAUUUUUCAUUAUUUUACCGUCCCAGCCUACAAGAUUACGCGCAACAACAUCCUCUCGGGGCUCCAGCGCUGGCGUCACGUCGCCAUGUUCCGCUCGACGCGGCGUCAGGCGGUCUCGUUCCAGGGCUCGGACGCCUUCUCCAAGGCCGCCAGAGCGAUUCACGCCGGCUCGUCGUUUGGCAAAGAGCCCAAGGCGUGGUACGCGCGACACUCGGUGCGCAUGAUGGACGAUCGCGGCCGGCGCACGUCGACCUUUGCGUCGGUCGUCGAGGCGGCCAUUGCGGCGCCGCCCAAGCUGCAACUGCAGUCGACGCACCGCACACUGUCGCUGCCCGGCACAAUUGGCCUCGGCGAGUGGUCGGGUCAGGACGACAGCCACGACGUUCCGAUCGUCGUCACGACCACACGGCUCUCGGUGACGACGGUGCCGGCCGAGUUUCACUUGUCGACGCCGCGCACAAAGCCGCCAAAGGACCCGGUCCCCCGGAGCGUCGCCCGCCAAAAGCAAGUGCAGUUUGCGCAAACACUUCAGGACACCAACAAGCGGCGGCGUCUUGCUGUCGCCGCGGCCAAGGCCAAGAAGGAGGCAGCUGCCGACAUAGAGCUCCGCGCUCGCCAAGCAAAGACCGACGCCGACAAGGUCCAGCGCUUGGAACGCAUGAAGCAGCUCGAGAAUGACCUCGAGCAACGCCGCCUAACACGCCUUCGAGAGCAGCAGCGCAAGCGCGACGACGAGGCGCGUCUCAAAGCCGACCAAACAUCCAAGAUCCAAACGGCCAAGCUAAGAAGCACCGACCACCUCAGUUCCGCCACGCGGGGCAUCCAACGCCGGCGCACAAAUCCAACUUCGGGAUCCAGCGCACCCGAGUCGGCAGCAACAGAAUCAGAGACGGGCAACCAGCGUGACGACUAAGGACAUGGUAUGAAAUAGUGUGGGAAGGCAGCCAAGACAUGCACGUCAUUGUCACUCGUCCAGGUCGAAAGGGGUGGGGUUGUUGCAACUUCUGCAGACAAUUUCUGAUUAAGGGAUUUCUAAUUCAGAGAUUCAAGGAUUGGCGCUGUGCCGAUUU